GGCGCACGGGGACAGAUGGGCGCGGAGUGGUGGGCAGCGGAGGUUGGUGGCAGGCGGUAAAGAGAAUAAAAAGAAGGGAACCUUGCUUUCUUAAUUUAUUUUUUUCCCCUCUCUAUUUUCCCCCACCCACCUCCGCUCUUUCUCCAUCUUUGUGAAGCGGUUUUUGGACCAAGUUUUCUUCAGACCGUCUGGGCUUGACUUUUUAAUUUUUUUGUUGUUUUUGUUUUUUUUACAAGGCGUUUUGUUUUAUAAUUUUUUUUCCUGAGUGUUGUGUGUGGCCAAAAAAAAAAAGAGUUCGUGUCAAGCCAAGUGAUUCAGGCGCUCUGCAGGGAGGAGGGGGGGAAGAAGGAAAAAGUUGCCUUUGUUGCUAGCGAGCUCUUACUACCUUUAUGUAAGUGAGGGCAGGCGGCUGAAGAGAGGGUCGGCGUGCGUGUCCGGCAGCGCAGCUCGCCUGCCUCCCCGCGCCGGCUGGGCUGCGGGUGGCCGCCGGCUCCGCUCCUGCAGCCCCCUCGGAGGCGGCGCGGGUUCUGCCUGCUGCUCCGCUCCCAUCCGCCCGCGGCGGCUGCGCUCCCGCGGAGGGCUCUGCCCGUGCCGCUCCCCGGCCCGGGGUGCGCGGGGGCGCCUCCCGGCGGCCCCCCUCCGCCGGUUGCCAUGGUGCCGCGCCCCGGCGUGCUGUGGGCAGUGGCGGCGGCGGCGCUGGCGCUGCUGGUCCGGCGGGCGGCGGCGGCGCUGGCGGGGCCGGUGGUCCGCUGCGAGCCCUGCGACGCGCGGGCGCUGCAGCAGUGCAAGCCCCUUCAGCCCGACUGCGCUGAGCGGGUGCGGGAGCCGGGCUGCGGCUGCUGCCUCACCUGCGCCCUGCGCCUGGGGCAGCCCUGCGGCAUCUACACCGAGCGCUGCGGCGCCGGCCUCAGCUGCCAGCCGCUCCGGGAGGAGGCGCGGCCGCUGCAGGCGCUGCUGGAGGGCCGCGGGCUCUGCACCAACGCCACGGCGGGCGGCAAGCUGCGGACCUUCCUCUUGCCGGGACCGCACGCUGCAGGAAAUUCCAGUGAUUCAGAAGAAGACGACCAGAGUACCAGCAGCAUUGAAAAUCAGGCCAUCCUGAACCCUCAUAGGGUGCCAGAUUCCAAAUCACAUCCACCCCACAUCAAAAUAGAUAUCAUCAGGAAAGUGCAAGCUAAAAACACACAGCGCUAUAAAGUGGAAUAUGAUUCACAAAGUACAGAUACACAGAAUUUCUCUUCUGAAUCCAAACAAGAGACUGAAUACGGUCCCUGUCGUAGAGAAAUGGAAGACACUUUAAACCACCUAAAGAUCCUGAAUGUCUUGAGUCCCAGGGGUUUUCAUAUUCCAAAUUGUGACAAGAAAGGGUUCUACAAGAAAAAGCAAUGUCGCCCAUCCAAAGGCCGAAAGAGAGGUUACUGCUGGUGUGUCGAUAAAUAUGGACAGCCGCUUCCUGGGUAUGAUGGGAAGGGAAAAGGAGAUGUCCACUGCUAUAACUUGGAGAGUAAAUGAGGGCUGGGUGCCAGCUCUUCUGGCAUCUGUGCGUGGCUGCUGGACCUUGCAGAGACCUUGGAGGGGCUGGGCAAGCACUGUGGACUGCGUUGCACGUUGAGUAACGAGCUCUGUUGUCCGGUAUCGAUGGAGAGUCGCAGCCUCUGCGGAUGCUGCUGCAGCUCACCCCACCACUGACACGUAUUGGGCUUCCUAUAGGAUGUGUAGGGAGCUCGGAAUUCCCACGUAAACCUGCACUAUUGAUACCCAGAGAGAGAAAAAAACAAAAGGCACUUCAGAAUGGAUUCAGGGAAUCUCCACUGACUUUUUAAAAAAUGGCCUGUGACCAAUUUGAUCCCGAAAGAUACUGGUGUUUUAUUUUAAAGAAUUUAUAGAUUGUAAGCUUGUAAAAGUGUUAAAGAAAAAACCAAAACAAAACAAAAUACCACAAGGAUUUAAAGGUUAAGCUUUUUUUUUUUACAGGUCUGACAGGAAACUUAUCUUCACGGGUAAAAAGUUUUAUAAAAGUCUCAAAGAACUUUUUAAAGAAACUUAUUUCUAAAAUAAAGACAUGGCUAUUUUUUCUGUAAAAUAUAUUAUGAAUAUUCUGUUAGUCUGUAUUUAAUAUAAUUGUUUUUUAAUAAACUUUAUUUAAAUGUAACAUGUGAAUACCAAAUACUACACAAUAAUUCUAGUGUAUACUUCUGUAUGCAAAGAGAAAGUAAGGGUAUGGAAUCUUUUACAAAUAUGUAUAGAUCCAUAUGCAUACACACUGACUAUUCUAGAUAAGAGAAGUGAAUUUGUGGAGUGAAGGAAGUGUUUCCAGAAGAUAUUGAGUUUUGUUAUUCAAAGCAACUACAAAUACCAAGAUAAUUUUUUUUUUUGUAUUUUUAUUUUGUUGUUAUUUCUAAUGUACCCAUCACUGAAUUAUGCCACUGGAAAGGAUAACGGUUGCACUGAAGCUCUCAGUAAAGUUUCCUUCUGUCUGUCCUUCACUUCAGUUUGUGCAACAUAGCUUACAUUUCCUCCAUUUCCUGCUCAUGCUAAUACAGAAUAUUGAUGGACAAAAAAUUGCCAUUACAGUACCACCCUUUCUGUUUGCUUAUUUAUUUUGAAAAGCUGUAUCUAUUCUGUGUUGUCUUGGUACACUCUACCAAAGCACAUAUUCUGUACAAGGAACUCCUGUUUAAAACAAUGCUGACAAGAUGGGGGGAUUGAGGACCCGGGUGUUGAGACCCCUGUGCUUCAUUUAUGCUAUGCAAAAUUGUUGCUUGCUUUGACUUUGGUAGAAAUGAUUUGCCUGUAUGUAAGCAUAGAAUAAGAACCAUGGGGUUUAAAUAUUUAAACCAACUGUCUGCCAUGAUGUUAUAUGUCCUUUUAAUCAGAAGAGAAGUGAUUUGGUUUUGUUCUGGUAUGUGAUGCUUUCACAUAAGGAAUACUUUGGCAACAUUUUGAGGCUGAUAAUUUACUGAACUUCAUGACAAAUUUUGUAUGACAAUGAAAUCAGGAUAAGGAAAGGUGGCCUGUGAAAUGUAACAUCUCUCUGGAAAGUAAUGCCAUAUUUUGUAUAUGUAUUUAUUUAUAUAUUUUAUAUAAAUAUUUGAUAUAUUUAUAUAAAUAUAUAAUAUAUUCUUAUAUGUGUCACUAUAAAUGUUUGAUGUCACUGUAGAAAAAAGACGCCAUCGACACUGUAAUUUCCUGUUGGGUUGGGAACUGUAUGGAGACUGAGGGUAGAGGGUUUCAAGUCGAUGGGGCCAGGGGUUGUGCUGACGGAGGGGAGACGACAGGGCUUAGGAGCGCAUUCCUCUCCUGCACCAUUAAUUACAAACACCUUUGUUCCUGCCAAUGUCUUGAAAUUCUGACAUGGAAAGGUUUGGAUGUGCAGCUUGCCAGGAUUGAGACAGCCAGUCACCAUAAAUUAGAUGUUUAAAGCCUUACCCUGAAAUGUAUUAACUGGACAGCCCUGUGUGCAUUCCGCACAUCUUCCUAAUGUCUAUAUAAUGAAAAGGAUUCACAUAAUUGUUAAAAUUGAUAUUUUUUAACCUUAGAGUAAGAAAAAAGUAUACAUAAAGUGACGCUUACUCCAGGCUAAUACAGAUUUCCUGACAGAUGGUUACAGAAAGCUUUGUGAAGUGAAGAUUAUUGCAAUAUUUUUGCUGCUAAUGCAAAUGUAAUGCCUGCGAAGAUUUGUUGGCAAAAAAAAUAAAUUCUGGGCCUUUUUUCUUUUUUUAAA